CUUCACGAGCAUCUUCUGAGGAGCCUGUAGUUCCUCAGCAUCGAGUUUUUCAUCAUUUCAAUCGCAUCUCGCCAAGACGUCUCAUUGGGGAUCGCAUUUAAAUCGUUCAUAUACCAGUCUUUAAGUGUCGGUUUUGCAAUAUUGAGAUUAUACGCCAUCUAAAAACUAAAUAAAUAGGCUUUGAAUAAAUAAGGACGAUGCAAUAUCAGUCCGAGAUGCAACAGCAAACCAACUUUAAAGGCGUCCUUAGCGACGCAUGUUACUGUUUAAAAGUUUUGAUGUAUUGGCGGAAAAAUUGAUCACUUUGACCCGUACCGGGUGUUUUCGAACGCUGCUACAAACAUGCACAUGCAACAUAAGACCGUUUUUGUGGUUUAGAGUCACGUGUGAAGCCCGCAUCAAGCAUGCAAGCGCAAAAGUGUCCGUUUCGCGCGGGUCACCGGCGUCUUUGUGUGUUCAGCAGAGGGCGCCGAGCGGCUGGCGGCCAUGCGCUCCGAUUCGCUGGUCCCCGGGACGCACACGCCGCCCAUCCGCAGACGCAGCAAGCUGGCCAGCCUGGGACGCCUCUUCAAGCCCUGGAAGUGGAGAAAGAAGAAGAGCGACAAGUUCAAGCAGACGUCCGCAGUGCUGGAGAGGAAGAUGUCCACGCGGCAGAGCAGAGAAGAGCUCAUCAAGAGGGGCGUGCUGAAGGAAGUGUACGAGAAAGCAGAGGAGGUCAGCGUCGACGGCGGUCGUGUGUGUGUGAGUGAUCUGGACAGACAGACGGUCAUCAGUCCGGUGUCAGAGUCUGCAGACGGCAGCGUCACGGCGGCAGGUGCGGUACUCUCCACUCCUCGCUUCCUGCACGGCUUCACGUAGAAUCAAAGCAAAGCCAGCCCUAGUUCAGUGUCUCACCUUCUGCGUACUGUACCUUUAAGACAUCUCACACUCAUUUGGGAUCAAGCUGCUGAAUCGGGGGGUUGAUACGCAAAUGAAGGUGGUUGUAUGUUAAUGAGUCGUUUCAGGAAAUGUUCUAGAUGCACUUGACGGGUCGGGAGUUGCUUUGGUUGCGAAAGAGCAGUAAACGUUUAAAUGAAGUUAUUUUGCAAAACUAGGUCAUUCUCAGAAAUCAUGUUCUUUCGUUUUGCUCGAUUGCGUGCAUGUGUGUGUAUUAAGGGAAAGGAGAAAAAAUAAAAAAUAAGUAUUUUUUUCAUUAAGUAUGCGUUAGCAAAAAUGGCGAUAAACGAUAUUUAUAAUAUUAGAAAAUAAAACUUUUUUUUAACAUUGUAAUUAUGUUUUUAAUCGUGAAAAAUAAUGCAUUUUCGAUAUUCAUAUUAAUCUGAAUCUAUUCUUGAGCGGCAAGAAGGAUGAAGGAUGAUUUCUGAAGGAUGAUGUGACACUGACGACCGGAGUAAUGAUGCUGAAAAUACAGCUUGAUUCACAGAAAUAAAUUAGUUUCACCUUUAUUCACAUAGAAAACAGCUAUUUUAACAGAAUUAAAAAAAAAUUUACUGUAUUUUUAAUUAAAUAAAUGUAGCCAUUUUUUGCCGUUGUUACCAGUAGUGUAUAAAAAGUAAAAGAAAAAGGUAAUUAUUUUAUUUUAUCAUUUUACAUUCAGUUAAAAUCUGAGAGAAGCUAAAAUAAAAUACUUUUUUAGAUCAAAGGGGCUUUGCUAAUAACUAUAACUUAUUAAUAAAUGUAUUAAUAUCUUGAAUAAUUUUCUAAUUUGUUUUUCUGAUGUAUU